AUGAAGCAAGUAACUCUAGGUUCCUAUAUUUUUCGCAGGCUGAAACAGCUUGGAAUUGACCAUAUCUUUGGCUGUCCGGGCGAUUUCACCUUGAAUCUAUUGGACUAUAUCUAUCCUGAAGGUCUAAAGUGGGUGGGCACCUGCAAUGAACUAAAUGGAGCAUACGCCGCUGAUGGCUACGCCCGCACCAAAGGCGACGGUACGCCGGGGGUUGUUAUCACCACGUAUGGCGUUGGAGAGCUGAGCGCCCUCAAUGGAAUUGCAGGAGCUUACAGUGAACAUGUGCCAAUUAUUCACAUUGUUGGCACCACCACGCGGGCAGCACAGAAGGCUCGUACCAAAAUCCAUCAUACCCUAGGCGACGAUGGUUGGGACCAUACGAUAUACCAAAAGAUGUCAGAGCCAGCGCGAAGAGCGUCCGUUUUCCUAACAAACGACGCAACAUUCACCGAAGAAGUUGACUUUGUCAUUGAAAGAGCUUAUCAAACGAGGCAUCCAGUUUACCUGUUUAUUCCAAUGGACACUCCUGACAUCUUUGUGCCUUCCGAUCGACUGGAGUCCGAAACUUUGAACACAGAGAUUAUCAAUGUCGGGCGCGAAGAGGCAGAGGGUGCGGUCGUGGACGCUAUUGUAACUGCUAUGUCAUCCUCAAAGACUGGAGCCCUCUUGGUCGACGUCCUUUCGCAACGUUAUGGACUUCUUGAUCAAGUCAAUCAGAUCUCAGAUCUGUGGAACGCAACGACGUUCAUCGCGCCACUGGCAAAGUCGCAUUACGAUGAGACAAAGGCUAAUUAUGGAGGAAUCUACAAUGGUAUCCUGACGACAGAGGACUCGAUCAAGACAAGGAUUGAGGAUGCCGACCAAGUGGUCCACGUUGGACCACUUCUAUCGGACUCGAACACCGGAGUUUGGACCCAGAAUUUGAGCCCGGAGAACAGUAUCGUUUUGCACCCAGAUUGGAUCCUAGUCAAUGGCAUUAGACAUGACCUCAGCUUUGUUCCGGUGGUUAAAAGGGUUGCUCGAGCCUUGAUGGAAAAGAAACAAGUUCUAAUGGGUGGCAAUGAGACAUCUACUUCCGCUAGCCAGAACACCCGAAUGCAUUUCGAGGGUAGGUUGGAUCACGCGAGGUUGUGGAAAUGCCUCAGCGGUCAUCUCAAAGAAGAUGACUGCAUUGUGGCCGAGGUUGGCACCGCGCAGUAUGGAGCUCUCGAAUUGAGGCUCGGUGCCAGAAAUAGCUUCCUUACGCAGAUGUUCUUCAGUGCAAUUGGGUAUGCUGUGCCGGCACUGCUUGGUGCUCUGUGCGCAAGAAGAGAGCAGGGGGCGAGCGGCCGAGUUUUGUUUCUCGCCGGCGAUGGAGGCCUUCAAAUGACCGUCCAGGAGCUUGGGACUAUUGUUCGACAUGGAUUUUCACCCACUAUUGUACUUCUAGACAACAAUGGCUAUACGACGGAGCGCAUCAUCCACGGGCCAACUCUCCAACACAAUGAUAUAGCUCGAUGGGAUCACGGCCUAAUGCUGGAAUUUUUCGGAUGUCAGACUUCCAAGUAUUACCAAGUCCGCGAGUUCGAAGAGCUUGAAAAAGUGUUUCAGUGUCCGGCGGUUCUCGAAAGCCGAACACCACAACUCAUCCACCUCUACUUGGGGGAGAUGGAUUGUCCCGCUGUGCUCGUCAAGAAGUCGCGAAUUGGCAAAGAACGAAACAUGAUGGCAUUGGCACAGUCUGACAAAGAAUUUGGACGGCGUCGGAACAUAGUGCAGUAA